CACAAAAGAAAUGGUAAGAGUUAGAUGGAAGACAAAAUUAACGAUAGCAGAUAACAGAUCUGUUCAGAAAUGAAGCACUUAAAAAAUUUUCUAUUUUUCCAGUUUCCAACUCAAAAAUGGGAAAGGGAGGGUAGGGUAGGGCAUGGGGGAAAGUCAGUAGCUCUCGCCUGCUAUACUAGAUGCUCAGGUAGAAAGCGGAUGGGAUCGAUUCCUCAGUCUCAAAAAUGUCUUGCUUGUGUUCAGAACUCGUCAUCGCCCUUAUGGCCCUGCUGGCCUUGUGUCUCGGUCUGUCCUCAUCCUCCGAUCCUGUGCAGCAACUGGAAUUAAAAUCGCUUCGAAGUCACCGGGAAAGGCUUUUGGGGGAGAUCGAGCGCAUCUACAUAGAGCAGCCGCUAGGCACGGAAACGCAGCUGCUGCUCGACGAUCUUUUCUUACGGGAUCAGCAACUGCGGGUGCAAAUCGACCACCUGGAGGCUACCCGUGGAGUUGAAGAGGCAAGCUCCAACUAUAGCCCAUCGCAGGAGAGCACCAGCACCCAGCGGCUGGCCAUCAAUCUGACCGCCGACUUUGAGCAUCUGCAGCACAAGCUGGACGACCUUAAGCAUCAUCUGGAGCGUCUGGACGGACGCUUUGGCACGCAGCUAGGCAAGCAGCUGGACAGUCACACGACCAGCAGUAUUCCACCAGCCACCCCGGCCUCCUCCGGCCUCGGUUCGUUCUUUUGGACACCGCUGCUUACAAUGCCGGAAUUUCCACAGGGCAGCAUCACCACUGACAACGGGCACGACCACAAGGGGCAGCCGGGGCAGCACCAGAAUCAGCAGCAGCAGGGAAGUCCCUCCAUAAUCAAACGCGUCCUGGACAUGCUUCGACCUUCAACCGCUGGCCUCCGCAACCGUUGGUCGGAGUGGGAGAAAUCCACCUCGGGAUCUGGAUCUGGAACGGGGUCAUCCGCCAAGCUUCAGGCGCUGACUGCCGAGGAGCUCUUGCCGCAGCUGCAAGAGCAGCGGAAAUUUCUCGACGAUGCCAUCAGGCGACUGGAACUCUUGUCCACGACGAAGAGCCCAAAGAAGCAUUAGGAUCAAUACGUAUAGAUAAUCGUGUGGAUUUUUUAUUGGGGGGUGCAGGUGCCUAAUUGCCAGAAUUUUCCUGACCACAACAGAGUGGAGCUUGGCAACGGACAUGACCCCCAUGAUUCGCAACACCACUGACUCAUCUAAACUACUGCACUGUCAUCGCCACGCCAAACUUUGCUACGUCAUCAACAACAACAAAAAGAGAGGGAGAAACUAACAAAAACACCUAUAAGUUUGUGUGUUCAACAUCAAUUGUUGCACUCAAAUAUGGUUGUACACUUCUCGUAUUUCACUUAUCGUCUUAUCGGGAGUGACCUGCUAAUGUACAUAUUACGAGUACGAUUACGAGUACAAACAAGAUAUAUCCGAUUUAUCGCCCAAGCAAUAAAGUCGCUCGCAAUUUGAUUACUCGUCCAUGAUUCGACACUAAUUUGGACCCACGCUUGUCCGGGUUUUAUUAGGGGAACGAUGAUAUGAUAUAACCAUAUCAACAAAGGGAAUCCUACAGGCAUCCAGGUUUCAGUCGACUGAAAAUAUUACCAAAUGCUAUUGUGAGCUGAGUGAUUCUCAUUGCGCGUACAAAAUUUGUGAUCGUUAACGUGUUUUAUGCACUGUACAUUUGUACUUUGCUACCGGGGAAUGUCCAAGAACUCCCUUUUUUACCACUUUAUUACGCGUCCAUAUUGAGAGGAUUUUAUAGUCUUUUAUAGUCAAUAGCUUCUCCUCUAUUAUCUUCUAGCCCAACCCCUUUUCAGCCUUUGAUAUGCCAAUGUUUCUAAUUAGGAAUGAUUUCGGAUUGUGUUUUAUUCGGAGACGCUCACACAUACCACACACACAAGCAAACUGGCUGCUGACCCGCACAAACCGGUUGGCCUUGUCUAACCAGCAUGACUCAAAUGGGAACAAGAAAUUG